GCAGCUCGGGCUCGUGCGUGUGCAGGGUCUGGGCUUUGAGCAGCAGAAAGAAGAAAGGGCAGUUUCGAGGAAGUGACGGACGAGGCGCAGCGGACCGGUCAGAGGAAGUUUACUCGAUGCUGGUUCCGUGCGGCUGAGCCAAACUUUUACCCCCCCUUCAGCUCCAGCUCCAGCGGCGGCGGAGGCGGCACCGUGGACCGGGACUCGCGGAUCCAGCGGCGGCAGCUCCAGCUCCAGCAGCAUCCGGGAGGAAUAACUUGACAUCGGGAUCGCAGAGGAAUUUCACUCCCGCAACCGACUCCCCCCCCCCUCCUCCCCUUUCCCUUCUCCUUCUCUUCCCCGCGCCUCCUCCGGGGUUUUUCUUCUUCUCUCCGGGAUCCGCGAUGGGGAAGGAGCAGGAGCUUCUUGAGGCGGCGCGCACGGGCAACCUGGCCGCCGUGGAGAAGCUUUUAUCCGGGAAGCGACAGUCAGCGGGCACCGGCGGCGGGUCGUCGGGCAUCGGCGGAGGUGGCAACAGCGGCGGCCACGGAGCCUCCUCUCACCCGCUCUCCAGCCUGCUCAGUAUCUGGAGAGGCCCCAAUGUGAAUUGUGUGGACAGCACUGGAUACACCCCCCUCCACCACGCUGCCCUGAAUGGACACAGCGAAGUGGUGGAGGCGCUGCUACGAAACGAGGCCUUGACCAACAUCGCCGACAACAAGGGCUGCUACCCGCUCCACCUGGCAGCGUGGAAGGGGGACGAGCAUAUCGUCAAGCUGCUCGUUCACCAGGGACCGUCCCACCCCAGACUCAACGAGCAGAGCUCUGUAGACCAUAAAGAGUUCAAACGCUGUGGGCCCUUUGACCCCUAUAUUAAUGCCAAGAACAAUGACAACGAGACGCCGCUGCACUGCGCUGCCCAGUACGGCCACUUCCAGGUGGUGCGGCUGCUGCUGGAGGAGUUGACGGACCCCACCAUGAGGAACAACAAGUUCGAGACCCCACUGGACCUGGCGGCUCUCUACGGCCGCUUGGAGGUGGUCAAGCUGCUGCUCUGUGCCCACCCCAACCUGCUCAGCUGUAACACCAAGAAACACACGCCGCUGCACCUGGCCUCUCGGAAUGGACACCUGUCUGUGGUGGAGGUGCUGCUGGACGCCGGCAUGGACAUCAACUAUGAGACGGAGAAAGGCAGUGCCCUCCACGAAGCGGCCUUGUUUGGGAAGGCGGAUGUGGUGCAGAGACUUCUCAGUGCAGGUAUCGACGUGAACAUCACUGACCAGAAGGGCCUCCCAGCGCUGGACACGGUCAAGGACAUGCCCUCCCAGAAGAGCAGAGAAAUACUUGCUCUCAUUUUAGGUCACAUGGCUGGGAAACCCCCUGACAUUGACCUCCCCCCUCCACCACUACCACCGCCUCAGGAGAGUCCCAGCCCACGCAAAAAGGGUGAUAUGGAGAAGGUGAGCGAGUUGAUCUCGGGGCUGGCCCCGGGGCCCGAGGAGGAGAGCCCAUACGAGGCUCUGUAUGAAGCCACCUCCUGUCACUCUCUGGACAGCCUCACCAGCGGCAAGUCCUCCGACAGAGACUCUGGACGGCCGGAUAGUGAAGCUGGCAAGAAAGAUCGUCUGGUCCACACAUCACAUCCUGGUCCUGUUCAUGAAGAGGAGGCGAGCUCAGAGGCGCUGUAUACUAACAGCAUCAUUGAUGAGAGAGGCGAGCCGGUGGAGGAGGAUCACACGUAUGAGUUGUUGCUGUCUGCACAGACCAAAGUCCCACUGCCCAGCAAGGAGUCCCACUCCCACAAAGAUGAGAAUACCACUAUACAGUCUUCCAACAGUGUCCUACCUCAGCGUAAACACACUGCCCCAAAUGACCUCAGACCCCCGAGCAAGAUGAAAGACUCCCUGCACCUUCCUGGACGGGUGGGCCCACGGCUACCGGGAGAUAACUCCCAGCUCAGCCAGGAUCCAGGUGUCCCGGAGCAGUUCACUGGCCUCCUGCACGGAUCCUCUCCUGUCUUCGACUCCGCCGAGGAGCCCUUCAGGCUCCCAGGUGUUCCGCUCCCCGCCAAGGGCCAGAAAGAAUCACGGAAAACUGCCAAAGUAAAAGAGGAAGUAGUAGCAGCAGCCGCGCCGCCACCUAGCCGUCCCAGUAUGGCGGCCAUCCUCACAGACUGUGACCCAAAAGCGAUUUAUGCAACUGUGAUCAAGGAACACAGGGACUCGGGGGCCGGGGCUGCCGGAAGGAUGCGCCCUCCUGGGGACCUGAAACUGGCACGCAGCCUCUCCAAGUCUGACUCAGACUUACUGGUGUCGCCUCCCAGCGAGGAGGACGGCGGACUGGGGAAUCGUAGCGAGUCUGUUUCUAACUGUAGCACUGGAAAGAAGAGGCUUGAGAAAUCUCCCUCUUUCACUUCAGAAUGGGACGAGCAGACACAGACGACCUCUUCCACCACAAAACAACGAAGAUCUAAUUCCGUUGACAGCAUCGAGAAGAUCAUGACGCUGAUUGGUGCCGGCAUCGAUUUUUCCAGAGAUCAGCAAUAUGCUACGCCAGGUGCUGCGGGCCGGCUGCUGGACCAGCCCGUGGGAGACUGGCUGGAGCAUGUGGGGCUCCCGCAGUACGAGAGCAAGCUGCUCCUCAACGGGUUCGACGACCUGCACUAUAUGGGUAGUAAUGUCAUGGAGGACCAGGACCUGAGAGAGAUCGGGAUCCAGGACCCAAGUCACAGAAAGAAGAUCCUGCACGCAGCACGUUCACUACCUAAGGUGAAAGCUCUGGGCUGUGAUGGCAGCAGCUCCCUGUCCUCCUGGCUGGACAAUCUGGGACUGCAAGAGUACUUACACAACUUCCUGACCAGCGGCUACCGCACUCUGGACUGUGUGAAGAACCUGUGGGAACUCGAGAUUGUCAACGUGCUGAAGGUCUCCCUCCUGGGUCACAGGAAACGCAUCAUUGCUUCGUUAGCAGAGAGACCGUACGAGGAGCCUCCGGUCAAACCUCCUCGCUUGUCUCAGAUCAGGUUACAAGACCUGCCUGGAUCCCACACCUCGUCCCCCCUCAGUCAGAUGGAUUCCUAUGCAGGUCGAUCCAUGGACCCUCUGCUGCCUUUAGUAGAGCCAGGGAGGAAAAAAGUGCCAAAUAACGACUACGACGUGACCCAAAGACAUCACAGUGAACGACACAGAACUCAUGAACGGUACGAGGAGCGGCAUCGGGAGCCUCGUCUGACCCUGCGUCCUCCAAGUCUGGCUGCGCCUUACGCCCCCGUCCAGAACUGGCAUCACUCACCGGAGAAGCUCAUCUUCGAAUGCUGUGCUUACGAAGCCAGUUACCUGGGUUCCAUGCUCAUUAAGGAGCUGCGGGGUACCGAGUCCACGCAGGAUGCUUGCGCCAAAAUGCGGAGGUCGACGGAACAAAUGAGGAAGGUCCCGACCAUCCUCCUCUCCAUCACCUACAAGGGUGUGAAGUUCAUCGAUGCAGCCAAUAAGAACAUCAUUGCAGAGCACGAGAUCCGGAAUAUUUCCUGCGCAGCCCAGGACCCAGAGGACUUGUGUACGUUUGCUUACAUCACCAAGGACCUGCAGACCAGCCACCACUACUGCCACGUGUUCAGCACAGUAGACGUGAACUUGACCUAUGAGAUUAUACUGACCCUGGGUCAGGCGUUCGAGGUGGCCUAUCAGCUGGCUCUGCAGGCCCAGAGGACCAAACAGCACCACAACCUCCCGGCGGGACCUGGUUCUGAGAUCACAGAGAUCAUGUCCAGCCGACCGGUUCCCAAACCACGAGGCAGCGUGCGGAAGUCAGGGGACUCUCCUCCUGUCGACAGUCGUUGCUGUUACUGUUACACCUGCACCACCCACCGUCCCUCCUGCCCACUGCUGCACUCUUCCAUCCCCGCUGCUCAGGGGGACAUUGUGGACCAGGAGGGAGACGCUCAGUCCCAGGGCAGCGCCACGUGGCUCGUGGACCCCAAGGAAUCCAAGCGCACUAUCAGCACCAAGUAUGAGACCACCAUAUUCUGAGUGGACCCCUCUUCCUCCCGACCUCUCAACCUGGGCCUGGUCUCACCCCUCUUCCUUCCACCCCCUCCUUCUGUGUGCCUUUCACUCUGCCUCCCCCUCUCUCUCUCUGGGCUGGAUCCCCCGCCCUCCCCGUCUCCCCUCGGCCGUCACGCGUGUCCUGCUUUAACAACAACACACUACUAGUGCAACCCCUCCACCUAAUCAACCCUCCUCUCGCUGGUCUCACUCUCCAGUUUUCUGCCACUCAGCUUCACUCUUAUACUCCUUCUGUUUGCCUGCUUCCUGAACUUCCUCCCCCGCCCCCCCCUUCCCAGUCCACAUCCUGGUAUUAACUCUCGGUGAUGAUCUCUUCUUGGUGCUUUUCCUGCUCUGUUAGGCGACGGCCACUCUGAGGCUUGUCACUCUGAUCUAUCGACUCCUGACCGGUGCUGGGAAUAUCUUGAUUUACUUCACCCGAGAGUGACCCCCCCGCAGGCAGCACACAUCCUCAUACCUGGAUGGACGUGUUUUCCAGAGGGAACCGAGAAACUGCUCCUGUAAUUCUGUGCAUCUGUUGGAAUUUGCAGACUGUUUCUGAAGCAGUGGGGGGUGCAGGUUGUGGUGGUUGUGUAGAGGGUCUGCUCGAAGCCAAAGGAGGAUGAGAUCGUAGCACUGUGAUAACGUCCUUUAGGAGCUUUUAAAGUUAUCAUUUUUUUGGGGGGGGGUUCUCCUGGGGUACAAAACAGGGCACAGAGGCUGAUAUGGGACCCGCAUGUAAUAAGGCCCAUGAUGCUCCAGAAAAUAGACAGCCCCAUCUGUCAUGGGACCGGCAUGCCCUCCUUUCUCUUUCAAUCAGAGGAGCAGGAUUCAAACCUGCUGCUUCUUCUUCUGGACUGAACUAACUUUAAACUAAGCACUUUUACCAAAUCCCCAAAAAGUGUGUGAGAAUAAGUGCAUCUUCCUCUCGUCUGUUUUUGUUUCCUCUUCUUUUCACAACAAAUGCCUUCUGUGUCUUCACCGUGUAAAUAUUUCACUGGCGACAGUGAAGGGAGUAAAUGAUUAGAACUUGGGGACAAUCCCUCACCAUCAUGUUGUGUGUGUCCAUUUGUUCAGUUGUUACUUUUACUUUGUUUUAACUUCCCUGUUUUGUGUGUGUGUGUGUGUCUCUGUGUGUCUGUGUGUGUCCCUUCCCCAUAGCUGAACACUGUGGCCACUCCCAGCCAGUAAGAAAGAGCCCUGUUUGCGUGGUGGGUUUGUUUUCUCGUUGGGAAAGUGACCCACUAACCACGCAGCAGAUCACAUCGCCAGUCGGAUGGUUCCCGCCACAGUAACGCACGGGCCCGGAGACUCUCUCAACACUGCACGCACACAUCACCUCACACACACACACACACACACACACACACACACACACACACACACACACACACACACACACACACACACACACACACACACACACACACACACACACACACACACACACACACACACACACACACACACACACACACACACACACACACACACACACACACACGCCUCCAUUUAGCUUCCUGCUCGUCAGGGGAUGUUCCUGCAGGUUUCAAUGCCCAACCUGUCAUUAAAGUGGAAGCGGCUGAUUUCUCUGUGUUGUUGUUCUGAUACAAAGGGACAAGCUCACUCCCUCCCGGAUGAUCUGUCCCUUAUCCAAACACUGGAGCGUCUCUCGACGACCACGAGCUUCUCAUCCACAACAUGCGUAUAUAACUGUGAUAAACGGGAGGAACUCUCGAACCAAACUCAGAAAGGGCAGAGGAAGCGACACUACAAACACUGUUUCACGGUGAUGUAACAGGGGGGGUGGCUUUUUUAUGAUUUGAAAGUUGUCUCUCUUCUUGUUUUUGUAUGUUUUAAUUGUUUUAUAGGACAAUGACGUGUCCUAAUGCAGGAACUGGAUCAGGCGUGGUUCUCUCUCUCUCCCUCCCUGCGUCUUUGUUAAUCUAGACAAGAUUUUUCACCAAACCUGCCACACAGGCUGGUACGUUUUUUAGUUUGUAGCCUCAGAACAGAACAAUAGGGCAAGUCUCUCCUAACUAACUCCCCAGUGCGCUGACUGUUAAUGGUACUUUUUCUUUUUUUUGUCGGCUCAUGUGUAUAUGGGUUGGUAGUCAGGUCGUUUUUUGGUUUAACUGUUGUAUAUGUGGUACCUUGUCAGGCCAGUUCGUUAACUUUAUGGUACGCUGUGUUCGACUCGCUGGUGUUGGCACCUUCGGCCAUCGGCCUGGUCCCAUUCUGCUUUGCACAUCGCUGAGGAUCAGGAGAUAGAGAUAUUUCUGGGACUAGUCUGAUGACAACAAUGAUGAGAAUGAUAUUGUACAUGAAUCUAGCAGUCUGUAUUUUGAUACUUGAAUGAUUUUUGCUUUUAUAGAUAUCUAUAUAUAUAUAUAUAUAUAUAUGUAUAUGUAUGUAUGUAUGUAUGUAAUUUUUGACGUUUGUCAAAAGAGAGAAAAGGACUAUGUCUUAUAAAGUUAAACAUAUCGUGAAUAAAUACCCUGUGAUAAAAAAAUAAAGGUUAAAUAAACUAUGACUCAGAAGAGGGACCUCACUUCAGAAAAAAAAAAGAUUGUACAUAAUCUUGGGCUUCCAGUCUUUUUUAUGAAUAUUUUUCAUAAUUGUUCAACUAAUAAAUGGCUCAAUUAGAAAA